CAGUACAUAUUGAUGGCCGUCGUAGUAACAACGCUUUCAGAAUUCAAUAUGGAAAACUUUAAGUGCAAAAAUACUCGCAUUUUAACAAGAAAAGUGAACUUUUUAAAAUAAAGGUGUUGUAAAAAUCCUAGUGGUUUAUACAAUAGGUGUUUCUUAAGAAAUUUUGUGAUAUCAAAUUAAGGAAAACAGACAAUUGAGAUUAUCUCUAAACCAUGGCAGCUGGUAUCAGCAAUUCAACUUUUAAUGAGGAAUAUGAAAUAGAUAUUGUUAGCUCUGACGCAAAAAUUCAGAAUGAGAAUUCUACAGAAGAAAAAAAAGAAUCGAGUGAAAGUCCAGGAUUUUUGGAAAAGUGGAAAAAUCAGUUCAACAUAUACAUGACAGACAAGGAAAAAUUAUUUAAAUCGUGUGGCCUUGUGUUACUUAACAUUUUAAUUUUCACUUACAUGACCUUCGCAAGUAUUCACUGGUACAAGAAUAUUUCAGCAAAUGAUUGUGAUCUCGAUUGGUGUAAUGGAUUCGGCAUGUUUAUUUUAAUCGUAGUGAUAAUCUACUCGUAUGUCUUCUAUCAUACUGUGAUAAAAAAAUUAGUCAGAUUAUUGAGUCAGAAUAUUAUUUCAUCCUUCAAAAUUCUUGAUAAGUUCUCCCCGAAAGCCAAGUAUGUCGCUAAAUUUAUCUAUAUUAAUAUUUGA